CGUUCUGGACUGGGCUUUUCCCUCCCAGAGUCCCCUGAUUUUCUUUCCUCCUCUGUUCUUUUCAUUACACCAACUCACCUCACAGCCAGUGGCAGUUAGGCCCCAUUACACAGACGCUUUGGACAACAACUUUGGUGCGUGAUAUUCAGAAUAUACUGCAGAUGUAGAUCUCAGAGAAGGAGGUUUUGCACAUUUUGUAGCAGAUACAGCUAUUUAGAUGUUCAGGUUAACAAGGGGUGCCUGAUGAGUGAACCUGGAGCUAAGUGAGGCCCCUGGGCUAAAUGGCACUCCCUGCAGUGAUGAGUAGGUGUGGGGGAGUAUUUGCUAUAUUCCCUAAGACACUGUCUGCAAUGGCCCUGUUUACUGUUGUCCUCUGUUGAGGAAACAAAAUUGUGAGUCAGCCAUUUGUGAAUGUGCAAUGAGGAAGUGACAGCCAAAAGUUGCACUCCCAGAAACUCAAAGCUGAGUUCGUACUUCAACGUUUUUUUUUUGUUUGUUUGUUUGUUUUUGUUUUUGUUUUUGUUUUUUUUUUCAACCGCACUGCUUCAAUAAAAACUCGCAGGGGGACGGAGAGAAUGAACAGAAAGAACAGUGUGUGGGGGUGACCAGCCUCACCAGGGAUAAAGUCAGAUGGACCAAGAUUACCAGAAGGUGCCAAUUACUAGAUGUCAGAAGACGGAACGUAAUCAGCCCAAUCCCUACUCCAAGACUCUCACUGUGUCCCAAAGAAACACACGUGUGCAUUUCUCAAGGAAAAGGCACUGAGGAUCAUGGAGACACCUCAGGGUGGAACCCCAUCAGCGGGAAGUCAGAGGACCGUUGGCGAAGAUGAUUCUUCGUUGAUCAAAGCUGUUCAGAAGGAAGAUGUUGUCAGGGUCCAGCAAUUGUUAGAAAAAGGGGCUGAUGCCAAUGUCUGUGAAGACACCGGGGGCUGGACACCUUUGCACAACGCAGUGCAAGCUGGCAGGGUAGACAUUGUGAACCUCCUGCUUAAUCAUGGUGCUGACCCUCAUCGGAGGAAGAAGAAUGGGGCCACCCCCUUCAUCACUGCUGGGAUCUAUGGAGAUGUGAAACUGCUCGAGAUUCUCCUCUCUUGUGGUGCAGACAUCAAUGAGUGUGACGAGAACGGAUUCACGGCUUUUAUGGAAGCUGCUGAGCAUGGUAACGCUGAUGCCUUAAGAUUCCUUUUUGCUAAGGGAGCCAAUGUGAAUUUGCGACGACAGACAACAGAGGACAAAAGGCGAUUGAAGCGAGGAGGCGCCACAGCUCUCAUGAGUGCUGCCGAGAAGGGCCACCUGGAAGUCCUGAGAAUUCUCCUCAAUGACAUGAAGGCAGAAGUCGAUGCUCGGGACAACAUGGGCAGAAAUGCCCUGAUCCGUACUUUGCUGAACCGCAAUUGUGAAAAUGUGGAGGAGAUUACUUCAAUCCUGAUUCAGCAUGGGGCUGAUGUUAAUGUGAGAGGAGAAGGAGGGAAAACACCCCUCAUCUCAGCAGUGGAGAGGAAGCACCCAGGCUUGGUGCAGAUGCUCCUGAGUCAGGAAGGCAUAAACAUAGAUGCCAAGGAUAACGAGGGCAAGACAGCUCUGCUACUUGCUGUUGAAAAACGACUGAAGGAAAUCGUCCAGUUGCUUCUUGAAAAGGGAGCUGAAAUGUGUGAUGAUCUUGUUUGGAUAGCCAGGAGGAAUCACGACUAUCCCCUUGUCAAGCUUCUCCUCCCUUAUGUAGCUAAUCCUGACACCGACCCUCCUGCUGGAGACUGGUUGCCUCACAGUUCACUUUGGGGGAAAGCCUUGAAAAGCCUCCACAGUAUGACUCGACCCAUGAUCGGCAAACUCAAGAUCUUCAUUCAUGAUGACUAUAAAAUUGCUGACACUUCCGAAGGGGCUGUCUACCUAGGGAUCUAUGACAAUCGAGAAGUGGCUGUGAAGGUCUUCAGGGAGAAUAGCCCACGUGGAUGUAAGGAAGUCUCUUGUCUGCGGGACUGCGGUGACCACAGUAACUUAGUGGCUUUCUAUGGAAGAGAGGAUGAUAAAGGCUGUUUAUAUGUGUGUGUGUCCCUGUGUGAGAGGACACUGGAAGAGUUCCUGAGGUUGCCCAGAGAGGAACCUGUGGAGAAUGGGGAAGAUAAGUUUGCCCACAGCAUCCUAUUAUCUAUAUUUGAGGGUGUUCAAAAACUACACUUGCAUGGAUAUUCCCAUCAGGACCUGCAACCACAAAACAUCUUAAUAGAUUCCAAGAAAGCUGUCCGGCUGGCUGAUUUUGAUCAGAGCAUCCAAUGGAAUGGAGAGUCACAGAUGAGAGACUUGGAGGAUCUUGGACGGCUGGUUCUCUACGUGGUAAAGAAAGGUGAGAUCCCCUUUGAGACACUAAAGACUCAGAAUGAUGAAGCGUUGCUUACAAUGUCUCCAGAUGAGGAGACUAAGGACCUCAUUCAUUGCCUGUUUUCUCCUGGAGAAAAUGUCAAGAACUGCCUGAUAGACCUGCUUGGCCAUCCUUUCUUUUGGACUUGGGAGAACCGCUAUAGAACACUCCGGAAUGUGGGAAAUGAAUCUGACAUCAAAGUACGGAAUUGUGAAAGUGAUCUUCUCAGACGACUGCAGCCUCGGAUACUUGAGCCUCCCAGAAGCUUUGAUCAGUGGACAUCUAAGAUCGACAAAUAUGUUAUGGAUGAAAUGAAUUAUUUCUACAAAAAGAGAAAAAACUUUUAUCAGGAUACUGUAGGUGAUCUACUGAAGUUUAUUCGGAAUAUAGGCGAACACAUCAAUGAGGAAAAAAAUUGGAGAAUGAAGGAGAAACUUGGAGAUCCUUCUCGUUAUUUUCAGGAGACAUUUCCAGAUCUUGUAAUCUAUAUCUACAAGAAACUAAAGGAAACAGAAUACAGAAAACACUUCCCACAGCCUCCACCACGCCUCGGCGUUCCAGAGGCAGUGGGACCAGGGGGCACACAGAGCUGAGUCUUGCAAGUUCAUGGGACCAUUUUUCCAAUCAGCAUAGUUCUUGGGAAGUUGGACAUUUCUGGUCUCUUAAGCAGCCUGGUUACUUGUGAGCAAUGAGUUAGACAGCCAGUGUGUCAGUUUCUGAUACAGCAGGUUCUACACAUUUGCAUGAUCACAAAAGCAGUAUGCUACAAAACUAUACUACUCCAUUUUAGUGGAUGGAAUUGGGAGAGCCUUCUGUUAAAACUUUGUUAAAGAAAAAACAUUAGUGUGUGUGUGUGUGUGUGUGUGUGUGUGUGUGUGUGUGUGUGCGCGCGCGCGUGUGUGUAUUGUCACAUAAGCCUCACAACAUGAAUUCAAUCCCUGGAACCCAUAUAAAGGUUGCAAGAGAAAACCAACUCCACAGUUGUGUCCCCCU